AAUAAAGCUCUUCAUCUCGAUUCCACAACAGACGCAAUUCCCAGGAAAGCUAUGUUCACCGAAGUGGUUACUGCCCCAUGGGUAAACGCAACGUCCACAAUGCAUUCCCCUGUCGCUUUCGCCUAUCCUGGAAUGGUAUCUCCAAGAAUAUUGCAUUCUCGUCAACAACAACAGCAACAGCAACAGCAGCUAUACCUCCGUAGUCCAGCAGUGAAUGUCAACACUAGCAUAUCCAAUCAACAAACCACCCUCAAAUCCGGCAAUCUGAAGAGUCCCUCACGAUUUGCCCAAGUCACUCAGUCACCAGCCUUUGCUCCGUCCACCGUGGUUUUCCGAAAUUACCGCGUAACUGGUGGUGAUGGCGAUUCCAACUACCAGACUGCAAUGUCACCUGUCAUGCCCAAGAAGAACGCAAUCCAACGUCUUGAUUAUCAGUACACUGGAAGUGGCGCUCCAUGCAUGUCCUCUAAUAAUAGUUCACUCCUUUCCAAAACCAGUGAUCUCAUCGAUACUAGCGAUCCCAAAGAUAGUGUUGGACUUAUUCGAAUGGAUACCAAUAAGAGAAAAUCAGGAAGAGAAAGGAAUAAUUCCAUUUCGGAAUUUAGUGCUCCUCUGACUCAAGAUGAUCCCGCAUCCAACUAUCAGCACUUAGUGAAUGAUAGUGCGGGAAUUGCAACAGUAUCCUCACAAUACAUAAUCCAUAUGCCUGAAUCAAACACCCCACUCACAUUUGAAAAUCGGCAUUCAAAGAGAGAAAUGUUUCCACUUAACUCACCAGCAACUGUAACUGGACAAUUCAUGACCCCAGGUCAUCAUGAAAGACUGGCUCCCACCAUAUUUAGACCUCCCUUCCGAAGUUUCUCAAUCGACUCAAGUCUUGACAACAUAUCGUCUACGGAUUAUCCUCCAGUGACAUUCUCCCCAAACAGUCAAACAACGAUGAGGGGUCGAUCUCUGAAUCAAAGAAUGGUCCCACCUCCAUUAGCAGCUCCCGAAAAACGACUCAAUUUCAUUACUAAUUCAAAAACACUGAGCCCUGAAAUUCGAGGCACACAAUCGGCCUCAUUUAAAUCUUAUUUAAGUAUGGCGAUGUCCACAUUACAAUGCGCAAUUUGUUUGGACGAUUACAAUGAUCCAAUAAUGCUCCCUUGUCAGCAUUGCUUUUGUUUUGAUUGUAUCAUUAAAACAGAGCCCUUCUGUCCUUUAUGCAAAAAACCUUUCCGUCUUAAUGAAUUCAUACGUAACCUUAAGCUCGAACAAAUUCUUGACGAAACAUGUGAGGCUUCGAAUAAACCUAAACCUUCUAAUGAAUUCUUUCCGACAAAUUUUGAACUCUGUAAUCAUCCUGAAUUUCGCCAGCAAAACGUACAAAAUGAUGAAAAUAAUUGGUUUGAGAAUAAUGGAUUCUUUCCGAGAAAUUUUGAGCCCCGUGGUCAACCUGGACCUCCCCCACCAAACGUACAUAACGAGGGAAAUGAUUGGUUACCGGCUCUAAUUGCUGCUGGGGCUGGUCUUCUGGUCGGAACUUUGGGCUUUGACGUCUGUUACAUGUGUCUCAUCCUCAAUUUCAGCAUGAAAGCAAUUUUUGGCGCUAAAAGGAAGAAAUGA